UCUCGUACCACAAAGCGUUGUGAGACAGCAGCGCUCCGUGCUACCACCCGUGCCACCCAUUUUAAACCGAUUUUUCGAAUUUACUUUGUCCGCAGUGUUAGUGCUGUGCACUCAUGUUUCAAGACUGGCGUUCACACGAAAAAUUUCUCCUGAGAUGUCAACACGCUUUUUCAAAUCUGCAACUACGUCGUGUACAACAUCGUAAUAAAGUAACUGUGCGUCGUGUAUUACUGUGAGACGAACCCAUGAUCAUGCUUAAAAAUUUGGAUAAUCGUGUAUUAUAACGAACGAUUUGUAUCCAACACAGAGUGCUGCAGUUUAUAUUUAUAGAAUUGUUUGUGUGUUCUUUAGUUGUUUAGAUGGUUUCACUUAAGAUGCAUUGCUGGCCAAGAAAACCACGAAAAUUACCCGCUCUCAGUGAAACGAGGAAGUGCCGUCGUUUUGAUGACGUAUUUCCGGUAGUUGCUUCGCAGUUCGCUAACAACACGUGGACGUCAACUGUGAAGACGACUAAAACCCCAAAAGAGAAACAGAACGCGAAUAUAUUUGCUAAUAGUACAUCCAAGGGGUGGGAUCUGUUCGGAGAAAAUGGUGAAGCCACGGUUUAAAGGAAAAAGCACAAUAAACCCCUCAUCUUCCAGCACUAACCCAGAUCGGCCAAAGGGUGCUGGAGGAAACAAUAUGAGGGACAGAGCCACAAUUAAACGCCUGAACAUGUACAGGCAAAAGCAGCGCUGUAACAAUCGAGGGCAGGUGAUCAAGCCCUUGCAAUACCAAUCCACUGUAACCCCUGGGACUGUUGCCAGAGUUGAGCCCAACAUCAAGUGGUUUGCCAACACCAGAGUUAUCAAGCAGUCAUUGUUGCAGAAGUUCCAGGAUGAGAUGGGUGCAGUGAAGAAGGACCCCUACCGAGUGGUGAUGAGGCAGAGCAAGUUACCUAUGUCUCUCCUGUAUGACCGGGCCAAGUCUCAUAACACAAAGGUGCACAUUCUGGACACAGAAACAUUUGAGACAACAUUUGGGCCCAAGGCACAGCGGAAGAGACCCAACCUUCUUGUAGAUGACAUGAAGGACCUGGCUGAGAGGGCUGAGGCUGAGGCCCAGAACUACAGUGCUGAAAAGGACCGGGACCUAGUGACAGAGGACACUGGAGUGAGGAAUGAGGCCCGUGCAGAGAUUUUCAAGAAGGGUCAGUCCAAGAGAAUUUGGGGUGAACUGUACAAAGUGAUAGAUUCCUCAGAUGUUGUCAUCCAAGUACUGGACGCUCGUGACCCCAUGGGCACGCGCUCACAAAGCAUCGAGGCAUAUUUGAAGAAGGAGAAGCCGUGGAAGCACCUCAUCUUUGUGCUCAACAAGUGUGACCUCAUUCCGACCUGGGUCACGAAACGUUGGGUGGCCGUGCUGUCUCAAGAGUACCCCACCUUGGCCUUCCAUGCCAGUCUCACCAACUCCUUUGGCAAAGGCUCCCUCAUCCAGCUCCUGCGCCAAUUUGGCAAGCUCCACACUGACAAGAAGCAGAUCAGUGUGGGAUUCAUUGGUUACCCCAACGUCGGCAAGAGCUCCAUAAUCAACACACUGCGGUCUAAGAAGGUCUGUAAUGUGGCGCCUAUUGCUGGGGAGACCAAGGUGUGGCAGUACAUCACACUGAUGCGACGCAUAUUCCUGAUUGACUGUCCUGGGGUUGUUUAUCCUUCUGAGGACAGUGAGACUGAUAUUGUUCUUAAGGGAGUGGUCCAAGUGGAGAAGAUCAAGAACCCAGAAGAGCAUGUUGGAGCCGUGCUGGAGCGAGCCAAACCUGAGUAUAUCCAGAAGACGUACCGUAUCCCGUGCUGGAGCUCUGCGGAGGAGUUCCUGGAAAAGCUGGCAUUCCGCACAGGAAAGCUCCUAAAGGGUGGUGAGCCUGAUCUGUCCACAGUCUCGAAAAUGGUUCUGAAUGACUGGCAAAGGGGACGCAUCCCCUUCUUUGUGAAGCCCCCUGUAACUGAGACAGACAAGGAGUACAAAGAGAGCCUGGCAACAGCAGAAGCAACAGAAGGAAAUGCAAAGACAGUGGAACAGGUUGAGUUGCUGGCUAUCAGUGAUGGACAAGAGUCCCAAGAUCAGCAACAGCACAAAAAAGAAGAAGUGCAGAAGCUCUUGGCCAGCGUGAAACAGAAUUUUGGGAAAAUUAAUGUGGCACCAGAGUUUACUGAAGAGGACCUGGAGCCCGUGGAGAUGUCAAACCUGUCAGACACAAUAGGAUCCGAGAACGAGGAUAGUGAAAAUGAAGCAGAUGAGGAAGACGCGGAGUGGCAGGUCAGAGAAGAAGAGUCAGAGGAAGCAUUCAAUACCCCUGCCAAGGCUGAGUUUAAGAGGUCUCAAGAACUGGUCCGAGAACUGGAUGAGAAGAUUGCCAAGUACAAGCAGUUCUUGAACCGUGCCAAGUCCAAAAGAUUCUCUGCCAUUCGGAUUCCAAGGGCACUCACUGAAAAGGUGUUCUCAAAAGCAGAACAAAUGACUUCCAGGAACCCACCUCCAAAGGUUGUGACACAGGCUGGGAAAAAGAGGAAAGUGGAUGGUGACAGUUACGAAUCCAAUCCCAGUAUGAGACUCACAUCCAAAGAGAGAAGGAGACUCGACCGGGCCCAGAAGGUAAAGAAAGUGGGGUCACGGUAUUAUGAAAUGCACAACGUCAAGAAUAAGAACAAGAACAGGAAGAGGCCUGCUGCUGAAGGCAGUAGGACAAUGAAAUCCAAACGUUAAACAUUGGCUGUGUAAAAUAAAUCAUGUGAUGUCCUUUUCUCUGUAAAUUUCAUUACUGAGAUGUCUAGAAGGGGAGGGCAUAGUGUUAUAGGGAGGAUUAAAGGUAUGCAGCAUGUAAUUCUGCAGAGCGCACUAUACUUUUUUCUAAAAUAUCACCGAAUCCUACUGAAAUGGAUACAAUUGCUUAAAUAGUUAUUGUUUUUAUGUGACAAUAAAGUGUCCUUUCAUUACUCUGUACUACUA